CUAUUCAGCAACAAGUACCUGAGGGGUACAAGGAAAAAACCUUUAGAGAAACUUCCAUUUGUUGUCUUGAGCACCAAGUUCUUUCAAGUUCAAAAGGAUUUGUCUUAAUAUUCCUAAAUCCUUCAAAACUUUCUCGAGGUCCAUUAUUAUUUUGGAAACAUUCAAGACUACUUCGAGUAGGCCUAUUUACGCACUCAGUGUGUCCAAUUUCUAAGAUGGAGUUGUCGGAUAUUCCCUUCCCCAUCCCAUCAGCCGAUGAUUUCUACGACGACCCCUGCUUCAACACCAACGACAUGCACUUUUUCGAGGACCUGGACCCCAGGCUCGUCCACGUGAGCCUGCUUAAGCCCGACGAACAUCACCACAUCGAGGACGAGCACGUCCGGGCGCCCAGCGGGCAUCACCAGGCCGGCAGGUGCCUCCUGUGGGCGUGCAAAGCCUGCAAACGAAAAACAACUAAUGCAGACCGCCGCAAAGCCGCCACCAUGCGUGAGAGGAGACGACUGGGCAAAGUCAACGAUGCUUUCGAGACCCUCAAGAGAUGCACGUCCACCAACCCAAACCAGAGGCUGCCCAAAGUGGAGAUUCUGAGAAACGCCAUCAGUUACAUUGAGUCCCUGCAAGCGCUGCUCAGGACUCAAGAGGACAACUAUUACCCAGUCCUGGAGCAUUACAGUGGGGACUCUGACGCCUCCAGCCCGAGAUCUAACUGCUCUGAUGGCAUGAUGGAUUUCAUGGGUCCCACAUGUCAGAGAAGACGCAACAGUUAUGACAGCGCUUACUUCAGCGAGACGCCAAAUGCUGACGUACGGAGUAAUAAAAACGCAGUGGUGUCGAGUUUGGAUUGUCUGUCCAGUAUCGUGGAGAGGAUUUCCACAGAGACCCCCGCCUGUCCCGCGCUGUCAGUGCCGGAGGGGUCCGAGGGGAACCCGUGUUCUCCACAGGAAGGCUCUGUCCUGAGUGACUCUGGAGCUCCUGCACCGUCCCCAAUUAACUGUACCCAACAACAGGCUCAGGAUCCCAUCUAUCAAGUGCUAUAAAGAGUCAUUCAACAAUUGAAGAGGGACAAUCUAAAACAUAAAACAUUCAGCAGAAUAAAAAUGACAAAUUUGAUCUUAAAGACUCAAGAAAGACCAUAUCGAUCCACUGGAAACUAGCGAAUGAUCUUUCUUUCUUUCAUUCUUUCUUUCUUUCUUUCUUUCUUUCUUUCUUUCUUUCUUUCUUUCUUGUUUUUAUUCUUUGUUAUUUUCACGCUGUGGAAAGCAUCAGAUUCCUUUAUGAAAAUCGCUUGGCAGAUCAGCUGAAGUGAGUUUUUUUUAACUAUGCUUAUUUAUAUAAUUGUAUCCAAGUUAAAAAUGUGACCAUAUUUUUCCCUUUAUCUUUUCUGUCAAACUUUGUAUUUCCUAAUUAUUUACGAGAGAGUCGUAAUUCAGAUGCGAAACGUAGGACCACUUUUGUACAUGUGUAAAUAAGAUCUGUUUUGUUAAAGCAACGAAAACGAACAAACAUAUUAUGUAUUUAAUGAUGCCUGUUUGAAACUUCAGUUUGUUGUGUCUUGUGUUAAACUUUAUAUUUAUACUUCUUAAAUGAGUGAAUGUCGGAUUAAUAAAAUAUAACUAUUUAUACUCGGA